UCUCACCAGGCUGAAUGUCGGCUUGUUGUGAAGCCGGGAGCAUCGGUCUCCGUGCCGGCAGACCCCGAUCUUAAAGUAAAAAGAGCAGUUAACCCUGGAAGAGGUGCAAAGACAGAAGUAAACCGAGGGCCGGGGAGGCGGGGCACCCCAGUAACACCGCCCCACCACCCAGGACCCCAGGACCGCGGCCUCUACCCCACGAGAGUCCACUCCCAGCGCCCGUUCUCACUUGUCCUUCUCAGUUCCGAAUAUCUAAGCUAAAUAUUCAGCCAUUUUUACCCAAGCCCUCCAGUUCUGACUGCUCUUACAUCACUUCCGUUGCUUAGGAGCGCUGGGAAGUGUAGUUCGUUGCCCCCUCCAGGCGCUUACCAAGCUCUCGGAAACGCCCCAGGGCGCUUGCGCGUGGGAGGCGUGCGACUCCCCGGCAGGAAGUCUCUCAACAGCGCAUGCGUACAGUGUUGCCUCGCCCAAAGAAGACUACAAUCUCCAGGGAAACCUGGGGCAUUUCGCGCAUACGUCCGUAACUGAAAGUGGCUAAGGCAUCCCAGCCGGAGGAAGUGAGCUCUCGUGGGGCGUGGUUGUUCGUGAUCUUUGCAUCUGUUACUUAGGGUCAAGGCUUGGGUCUUGCCCCGCAGACCCUUGGGACGACCCGGCCCCAGCGCAGCUAUGAACCUGGAGCGAGUGUCCAAUGAGGAGAAGUUGAACCUGUGCCGGAAGUACUACCUGGGUGGGUUUGCUUUCCUGCCUUUUCUCUGGUUGGUCAACAUCUUCUGGUUCUUCCGAGAGGCCUUCCUUGUCCCAGCCUACACAGAACAGAGCCAAAUCAAAGGCUAUGUCUGGCGCUCAGCUGUGGGCUUCCUCUUCUGGGUGAUAGUGCUCACCUCCUGGAUCACCAUCUUCCAGAUCUACCGGCCCCGCUGGGGUGCCCUUGGGGACUACCUCUCCUUCACCAUACCUCUGGGCACCCCCUGACAACUUCUGCACAGACUGGGACCCUGCUCAUUCUCCUAGGACAGGCUCCUUAGAGCAGAGGAGCCUGUCCUGGGAGCCCCUUCUCAAACUCCUAAGACUUGUUUUCAUCUCCCCUGCUCUCUGCUGACAUCCCCAAUAAAGGACCCUAACUUUCGAUACUGA